AUGGGCACGCGCCGGCCGCUGAUAGUGCAGAUGGUCCACGACCCCGCGGCGCUGCAGCCACGCUGCCGCCUGCAGGACGAGGGCUCGGAGGAGUUUGGGGCGCCGCUGCCAGAGUCCGCGAUCGCGGACGCGAUUGUCAAGCGCACGCAGGACCACCUGCGAGAGCUGGGCGGCGCCUCUGUGUCUGGCAAGCCCAUCGUCAUGCGUGCAGAGUGGGCCCGCAACGGCGAGGCAGACUCAACCCCUGACGACAUCAUGCGCAUGGUGCGGGAGCAGGCGGCGCCUGCGCACAGGCUGAUCCUCUUCCUUCAGCAAUCGUCAGUGGAGUGGGCAAGCUCCCUCUGGCUGCACGUGGUUCAGGAGGUGGAUCCCACAUUCAGCAAGUUUGACAACCGGCUCAAGGAGUUUGCGGAGCGCUGGGAGGUGGACCGCUACCUGGCCGCCACGGGCUACCUGCCGCCCAGUGUCAAGCCUUUCUUUGUGGCGCUGCCGAAGGACCGCCAGCUGCAGGGCAGUGCCGAGUGGCGCCGCCAGAUGGCAGACGUGGACAGGGCAGUGUUUUCACACCUGCGGGACGGCGUCAAGGGCGGCUUUGACGAGGACCACUUCGGUUCGCGCAUAGGGUUUGGCAACCUGAAGAGGUUUCUGGAGGAGGAGCUCGCUCGCCGCUACCGCGAGGCGGCGCCCGCCACGCUGGCGCUGCUGCAGGAGCGCUGCGAGGCUGUCGCCAAGGAGCUUAUCGCGCUGGAGGCGCGCAUACAGUCCUGUUCCGACGUCGCGUCGCUGCGGCGCGCGGGCAUGGCGUACGCUGCAAGCAUGGCGGCCCACGUUCAGGCGAUCUUGCAGGGCAGCAGCGACCCGGACCCAUCUCAGCAUGGCAUGAGCAGCGAGGACGAGCGGGCGCGCUGCAACAUGCCGCAGUGGCCAGGGGUGACCGAGGCCGUGCGGCCGCCCAACGCGGGGCUCAGGCUCUUUGGCGGCGCAGCCUUUGAGAGGUGCCUGAACGAGUUCCAGGAGGCGGCGAACGCACUGCGCUUCCCAUCAGCGUCCGUGGCGCGCGACCGCAUCGCCAACGUCCUGCUUGCGCGCAAGGGCCGCGACAACCUGGGCGGCGCCACGCGUGCGGCCGAGGACAUCGCGCGACAGGCGGCGAGGGAGCUGCUGUCACCGCUUCUGGACGCCGCGUGCGCGCGCCUGGCAUUCGUGCUGCGGCGCACCGUGGAUGCUGCUGCGGAGCGCGCCAGCCGCAGCGGCGCCGGCCGCGAGCUGCUGCAGCCAUACACGGCGUUUCACGCCACCCUGCGCGCCGCGCACGCAUCGUUCGUGAGCCGCCUGGAGGCCAAGGCGAGGGAGCUGCUGCGCCACCACCUGGACGCUGCCACCAGCGAGUUUGCGCUCGGCCUGAUGGCGGGCGCCGCGGACAUCAUGUGGCCGCCGGCCGCAUGCGGCGGCGGGGCGCGGCUGGCGUCAGACGACGGCAGCGGCGGCUGUGGGGCCGGGCUGGAGAACCUGCCGCCAGAGGAGCAAGAGCACGACAUGCUCGCGGCAGCCAUGCUGCCGGCACGCACGCCGUUCCGGCCGUCCCAGAUAGGCACCGUGCCAGAGACCCCCUCGCCUGGCGACCUCCCCGCUCAACAGGCAGCAGCGGCGGCGCACGCCGCACGCCGGAGCGGGGGCGCGGGACGGCAAUUCGUCGACAACACGCCCAGCAAGGGGCGCGUCCCAAAGGCUCAGCGCGUGGAGGCCGGGAUGGCGGGCGGGGUUGGCGGGGGGAACUGUGCCCUGCCUAGCACAUACAGCGAGGUGGUGUCAUUCGCUGAGCGGCUGUUUGGUCGCAUUCGCAGCAGUGUCGCUGGCCAGGCGGCACCUACUACCCUCAAGGCCGCAUUUUUGGAGCCCAUGUGCAGCGAGCUGCCUACUGAGGUGGCGCUGGAGUUGUUUGCGAGGGCGGAUGGCGACUUCAUGGCCAUGUUCACGGCCGCGGGCGCACUGGCAACGCUUCAGGCAAAGCGCGACGCUGUGCACCGGAGGGCAGAGGGCCUGCUGAAGUGCAAGACUGAGUUCCAGGAGCUCGCCAAGUGCCUUUGA